GGCUGGGGGUGUUUAUUUGGGUAUAUACAAUGAGUCACGGAUUAAAAUUGCUUAUAGCGGAUAGACGCCUAGGUGUUCCACAGCAUUACUUAACAAGCUGUCGUCAUUUCCCCAUCACCUCAGAAGACCUCCUUAAUUACUUACGUAUAUUAACCGUAGAACGUAUUUAUGCAUACCAGGCUCUACCUCUGGGCUUUCUAUUCUGUUCCAGAGACCCAGUACCAGAAUAUUUAAAUCACUGUGGCGUUAAAUACGUUUUAAUAUCUGAUAGGGCCAGUUUCUGCGCAUUGCACAUUUUUUUUUCCCCUUUCAGGAACGUGUUCAGGCCCGCGGCAGGGGGCGGGGUCGCGCCUCCUCCUGGGCUCUGGUUCCAGCCCAGCCUCUGGGACACAGAGAUGGAAAUCCCGAAGCUGCUCCCGGCUCGCGGGACACUACAGGGCGGCCACGGCGGUAUCCCCGCGGGUGGCGGCCGGGUCCACCGAGGCCCUGACCCGCCGGCUGGUCAGGUCCCCACGCGCCGCCUCCUGCUGCUCCGGGGCCCCCAAGAUGGCGGGCCCGGGCGGCGGUGCGAGGAGGCCCGCACGGCAUCACGGGGCCCUGGCCCAAGCCUGUUGGCGCCGAGGCCCGAUCAACCUAGCGGCGGCGGCGACGACUUCUUCCUGGUGCUGCUUGACCCGGUGGGUGGCGACGUGGAGACAGUGGGCUCGGGUCAGGCCACAGGGCCUAUGUUGAGGGAGGAGGCCGAGGAGGGCCCGGGGUUCCAGGGGGGCGAGAGCGGCGCGAACUCCGCCGGGCGAACUGCGCUAGGCCCCCGCUGCCUGUCAGCGGUUCCCACUCAGGCCCCGAUCUCCGCCCCCGGCCCCGCCGCGGCCUUCACCGGCACAGUCACUAUCCACAACCAGGACCUGCUGUUGCGCUUUGAGAACGGCGUCCUCACCCUGGCCACGCCCCCAUCACACUCCUGGGAGCCAGGGUCCGCUCCUGCUCAGCAGCCCGGGUGUCUGAUCGCCCCGCAAGCCGGGUUCCCGCAUGCCGCGCAGCCGGGUGAUUGCCCAGAACUGCCGCCAGACCUCCUGCUAGCCCAGCCGGCCGAACCCGCGCCAGCUCCUGCGCCCCAGGAGGAGGCGGAGGGCCCGGCCGCCGCCCUGGGCCCCCGCGGACCGCUGGGCUCGGGCCCAGGCAUGGUGCUGUACCUGUGCCCCGAGGCGCAGUGCGGGCAAUCCUUCGCCAAGAAGCACCAGCUGAAGGUGCACCUGCUGACUCACAGCAGCAGCCAGGGCCAGAGGCCCUUCAAAUGCCCUCUGGGUGGCUGCGGCUGGACCUUCACCACCUCUUACAAGCUCAAGAGGCACCUGCAGUCUCACGACAAACUGCGGCCUUUUGGCUGCCCAGCGGAGGGCUGUGGCAAGAGCUUCACCACCGUGUACAACCUCAAGGCGCACAUGAAGGGCCAUGAGCAGGAGAACUCAUUCAAAUGCGAGGUGUGCGGGGAGAGCUUCCCCACGCAGGCCAAACUCAGCGCCCACCAGCGCAGCCACUUCGAACCUGAGAGGCCUUACCAGUGCGCGUUUUCUGGCUGCAAGAAGACAUUUAUCACAGUGAGUGCUCUCUUUUCCCAUAACCGCGCCCAUUUCAGGGAACAGGAACUGUUUUCCUGCUCUUUUCCUGGCUGCAGCAAGCAAUAUGACAAGGCUUGUAGGUUGAAAAUUCACCUGCGGAGUCACACCGGGGAGAGACCUUUCCUUUGUGACUUUGAUGGCUGUGGCUGGAACUUCACCAGCAUGUCCAAACUCUUAAGGCACAAAAGGAAGCACGACGAUGACCGGAGGUUCAUGUGCCCUGUGGAAGGCUGUGGGAAAUCUUUCACGAGGGCUGAACAUUUGAAAGGCCACAGCAUAACCCACCUGGGUACAAAGCCUUUCGUGUGUCCUGUGGAAGGCUGCUGUGCCAGGUUCUCUGCUCGCAGUAGCCUCUACAUUCACUCCAAGAAACACCUGCAGGAUGUGGACACUUGGAAAAGCCGUUGCCCGAUCUCCACUUGUAAUAAACUCUUCACAUCCAAGCACAGCAUGAAGACGCACAUGACCAAAAGGCACAAGGUGGGCCAGGAUCUCUUAGCUCAGCUAGAAGCAGCAAAUUCUCUUACACCCAGCAGUGAACUUACCAGCCAGAGACAGAAUGAUCUCAGUGAUGCAGAGAUUGUGUCUCUCUUCUCUGAUAUUCCUGACAGUACUUCUGCUGCAGUGCUGGACACAGCAUUGGUGAACUCUGGAAUCUUGACUAUUGAUGUGGCUUCUGUGAGCUCGACUCUGGCAGGGCACCUCCCUGCUAAUAGUAAUUCCGUAGGGCAGGCUGUGGACCCUCCGGCCUUGAUGGCCACCAGCGACCCUCCUCAAAGUCUGGAUACCUCUCUCUUUUUCGGAAUGGCGGCCACUGGUUUUCAGCAGAGCCCCUUAGAUAUGGAUGAGGUCUCAAGUGUAAGUGUGGGGCCAUUGGGAUCUCUGGGCUCUUUGGCCAUGAAAAACUCCAGUCCAGAGCCCCAGGCUUUGACACCCAGCAGUAAGCUAACAGUGGAGACAGAUGCUCUGACUCCUUCAAGCACCCUUUGUGAAAACAGUGUCUCAGAACUACUGACACCAACCAAAGCAGAGUGGAACGUACAUCCUGACUCUGACUUCUUUGGACAGGAGGGAGAAACCCAGUUUGGAUUCCCCAAUGUAGCAGGAAACCACGGUUCUCAGAAAGAAACAGAUCUUAUCACUGUGACUGGCAGCUCAUUUUUGGUAUGAACCAACUCUAUUCAUUCCUUGCCAUGUGGCUUACUUUUAUUACAGUCAAUUUUGAGGAUGUUCUGGACUAAAUGUCUAAGUGCAGUCAUUUCUUUUUGGUUUGCAAAAAGAGCACAGCCCUGGACUACAAGUUUGGAGAUCUAAAUUCUGAUCUCGAGUCUGGAACUGAUAAGUUGUGUGACCCUGAGCAAGUCACUUAACCUAUCUGAGCCUUAAUUUCCUUAUUUAUAAAUUGAGGUGGUUUGAAUAGAUUGC